UUUUACGUUGGUUUCCGGUUAUCGAUGUGGACGAUAUUUCAUUAUUUACAUAAAAUAAGCAGAUUUUCAAUAUGAUUCACAGUUUAUUUGUGAUAAAUAACACUGGUGAUGUGUUUAUGGAGAAACACUGGAAAAGUGUCAUCAAUAAAUCAAUAUGUGAUUAUUUCUUUGAGGCACAAGGAAAGGCCACAAAUCCAGAAGAUGUCUGCCCCGUCAUCAAUACUCCACAUCAUUAUCUCAUUAAUAUCUAUAGAAAUAAUUUAUAUUUUGUUGCUGUGGUAACCACAGAAGUGCCCCCUUUGUUUGUCCUGGAAUUUUUACAUCGUAUUUGUGAUACAUUUGAAGAUUAUUUUAAUGAGUGUAAUGAAUCUACAUUGAAAGAACAUUAUGUUAUUGUGUAUGAGAUAUUAGAUGAGAUGUUAGACAAUGGUUUCCCUCUGGCUGUAGAAUCUAAUGUAUUAAAAGAAUUAAUAAAACCACCAAAUUUCCUACGUACAAUAACAGACACUGUCACUGGCAAAUCUACAGGAGUGAGUGGUAUUUUACCAACCGGUCAGCUUUCUAAUAUACCCUGGAGAAGAACAGGAGUUAAAUAUGCUAAUAAUGAAGCGUAUUUUGAUAUUAUUGAAGAAAUAGAUGCUAUAAUAGAUAAAUCAGGUACCACUGUUACAGCAGAAACACAGGGUUAUAUUGAUUGUCUUAUUAAAUUGUCUGGUAUGCCUGAUUUGUCCUUGACCUUUGUGAAUGCCCGUCUGUUAGAUGAUGUCAGUUUUCAUCCUUGUGUCAGAUUUAAAAGAUGGGAGAAUGAAAAGAUUUUGUCCUUUGUACCACCAGAUGGUCAUUUUCGUCUCAUGUCUUAUCAUAUAGGUGCUCAAAAUAUGGUAGCUAUACCAGUAUAUUUACGUCACACUAUAAACUAUAGAGAAGGUAGUGGUGGAAGGUUUGAUGUUACUGUAGGUCCUAAACAGACAAUGGGAAAAACAGUAGAAAAUGUGAUAUUAGAAGUCCCCUUUCCUAAAAAUGUUUUAAAUGUUACUCUGACACCUAAUCAAGGAAAAUACAGUUUUGAUCCUGUGUCUAAAUUUAUGACGUGGGAUGUAGGAAAGAUUGACACUACCAAAUUACCCAAUAUCAGAGGAAAUAUAUCUUUACAGACUGGAUCUCCUAUCCCUGAUUCUAACCCUGUUAUAAAUGUGCAAUUUACAAUAAGUCAGAUGGCUGUAUCUGGUAUUAAAGUGAAUAGAUUAGAUAUGUAUGGGGAGAAAUACAAGCCAUUUAAAGGUGUUAAAUAUAUAACCAGAGCUGGGAAGUUUCAAGUGCGGACUUAGAAAUUAUAUAUUUUGUGUCGAAAAAAAACACCUGAUAUGACUUUUAUGUAUUAAAUAUAAACAUGCUCUUGAAUAUUUCUAUUGACAACUUAAAGUGUGUCAUUGCAAUUCAUAAGAUGGAGACAUAAUACCUUAAACACGAUGCUCUACAAUGGCUUAAAACAUUAAAUCCAGAUCUAGUUUUUAUUUUAUGGGGUGACUUAACUUGCCAUCCAGGAACAGAUUUAACUCUUCUUGCAUUUUAUGAUGUCAAUAUUUUCAAAUAUAGCUUGUAAGUUCCUGCAAAUUCACUUGAACACAGAAAUUUAUUUAAUAAUAUGUUAUGUUUGAAUGUAUGUUAUGUUAAUGGUUAAUUUGUAAAGUAUUAUGUAACUUGUAUAUUAAAUAGUAAAUAUAUUGAUU